AUGCAGAUCUCCAAAGCCAUUCUUGCUCUCCUCGCCCCGGCCCUGGCCGUCGCGGUUGAUGCGCCAGGCUAUGCCGGUUUCACUCGCAUCUGGCAGGACAACUUUGUAGGAUCUGGCGGCACCCUCCCCGACGAGAGCAAAUGGAACAUCAUCGACCGCGACAUCGGCGUCAACAAUGAGCUGCAGACCUACCGCCGCUCGGCGCGCAACAUCCAGCUGUCCGGCGGCCAGUCGCUCCAGCUCGUUCCCUGGCGCGACUCCUCCGCCCGCGGCGGCUGGUCGUCUGGCCGCGCCGAGUCUCACUACGUGCUGACUCCCCCCUCGGGCCGCGUGACGCGCGUCGAGGCCAGGCUGCGCUUCGGGCCAAACUCGAUCGGCAACAAGCAGGGCAUCUGGCCUGCGUUUUGGAUGCUGGGCGACUCGAUGCGGCGCGGAACCCCCUGGCCCGCCUGCGGUGAGCUCGACAUCAUGGAGACGGUCAACGGCAUCCUGACGGGCCACGGUACCACCCACUGCGACGUCUACCCCGGUGGCGCCUGCAACGAGCCGUCGGGAAUCGGUGCGCCCGUGCCGCUGGCGAACCAGGAUGCGCACGUCUGGAGGCUCGAGAUCGACAGGAGGGCUGGGAGGUGGCAGGAUGAGACUAUUACCUGGUUUUUGGAUGACCGCCAGUUCCACCAAAUCUCUGGAAACAGGAUCGGCAACGAACGCGUCUGGACCAGCCUGGCCAGGAGCCCGCUCUACAUCAUUCUGAACUUGGCUGUGGGCGGCGACUAUCAGCGCAUGCAAGAUCAACGAGAUCUCGUUGCGGCGCAUAUAGCUCGUGUAAAUGAGAACAUGAGAACGCAAGGGUCUCUGAACCGAACCCCCAUUAAAAUGCGUGUCCCGGUGCCACUACCGGAAGCCCCUGCCAAGCCGCCCCCAGCAGAGAUGCAUGAUGACAAUAUGGUUGGAGAAGAUAUACCAUAG